GAGGAUAGCUUAUCAAUUUGGAAUCGCACUGCCACUGAUCACACGAGCACGACACGUAUCCGCGACACGCUACGUAGGAUAUUAAACAUACCUCUAACAACGGCAAUGGAGUAUAAGAUACACUGUGAUAGCCUUAAAUAUGUAGCAAUUAAUAAAGGGCCUCUGAAAAGCUGAAAUUCAGUAAACACGUUCAACGCAACAAAAAUAAAAACAAUUGUAGAAGACACCGAGCGCCAUGUAAACAGCAAUGGUAAUAUUAAUAACAGCAACAGCAACAGCAACAAUGGGCAGAGCAACGGCGAUAACAGAAACGGCAACAGUAUGGAUACCAAGAGCAAUAUCUAUCAUAACAACAACAACUAUAACAAUAAUAACUAUUUAUACGAUAUUAAUAAAGCUAAAUUUACAAACGCCUA